CUGGAAGCAAAGCCUUCAGCCUGAAACCAGGAUCUUCUUACAAGCUCUCUGCUGCUUUUUUCUCUAACUUUUAUAUGAAGUGGAAACAGAUUCAAACUGAAUGGAGUACCAUUUUUGACUUACAGGAUUUAUCAUAACCCUUUCUGUUAAGUAAUGCUCAGAUACAAAAGAAAUUUAAAAAGCCAACCGGAAUUCAGUGACACCCAAUACAGGCAUCAGUGACUAUGUCAUUCAGUCAAACUAGACCACCAACAUCAGAGUUGGUAGAGCUUCAUGUUUUUUAUGUCCCAGAAGAAGUGUGGAACUUCACAUUAAAUACAGUUUCUGCAGAUCUUACUAGCAAAUUCAUUUCAGCUGGAUUUAUAAGGGUGCCUCGUCAUGUCACAUUGAGAGCACUGCGGGAGCAGCUUGGAGACUUCCUAGGUGAAGAUGCUGUUCCAGAUAAGUUUAUAUUUCUGAAACAUAUAGGGAAAAAGCUAGCAGUGGUGAAGGCAAAGCAAGAAACAGAACUGAAACUCAAGUUAUUUGCUCCCCCACAUGCACUUCAUCCCGAAUUAUAUUUACUCCCUGGAGUGGACCACUUAGAAAUUGCUUAUUCAUCAUCAACAACUCCAGAUACACAGCACUUUAAUGCAGAAUCCCAUAGGUCUCCCCAGGGACCAAGUACUUUAAAUCUUCCAAAGAAAGAGCCUGUAAAAAGUCCAACAUUUCUAGAAAGUCCACAGAAAAAUACUCUCAUGCAGAAUCAAGAAGAUUCUAGUUCUUUAGGAUGGAAUGAGACAGAAAAAGAAAUGAUUUCAGUCUUGCACAUAAAACCUGAACAAAGCCUGAACAACAGGACUUGGGAAAAACAUAUUCCACAUAGAAGGAAAGACCAAAUUGGAUCCAAUGGAUCUCUCCACGUACCAAGUAGUUUAAAUUCCACAAAGUGGGAGUCUGGAAAAAAUCCUACAUCUUUGGAAAGUGCUCAGAAAAAUCAUCUAAACCAAGAUCAGAAUGAAUCUAAUACUCUUAGGUGGAGUCAGAAAGACAGAGGGACUAUUUCAGGUCAUCAUGUAAAACAGGGCAUUGAACAAGCCAAGAACAAUGAGACUCAGGAAAAUCCCAUUCCCCCUGGAAGAAAAGAAGAAAUCCCUAUAGUGAUGGGUGCAAAUGUGGAAAAUAGAGGCACUCUAAAAGCUAUCAGAGUGGGAAGAAACACUACAGGGGAUUCCGGAAUUCCAGAAUCAUUGGAAGAUGGAGACAAGGAAUAUUUGCACAAUAAGAAAAGCCUUCAGCAGUCUGGAGUUGGAGAAUGUGUGACUGAUGUUGGUAUCAAACAGGAUGAUAAGACAGAUAAGAAUAAUGUAAAUCGUCUUGAGUAUUCAAGUCAAUACAUUUCUCCUCCUCCUCCGCCAUCUCUUUCUAUAAACAGAUCUCAAGUUCCCAUAUUUCAGACAGAGAAAAGCAAGAUGGUUGAACAACUGAAACAAAUGAAGGCAGAAAGAAGGCAUAUGGAAAGAACUAGAGAGGAACUGGUUAAAAAAGCCAAAGGUUUGCUUGAACAAAAUAAGCUGAGGAGAUAUCAUGACCAAACAGAGAUGUUGUCCUGUAUAGCUCGUGAUGUGUGGAAAAAGAAAUACUUUGAAACUAAGAAAGCUACAGCUUCAUUGGAGGCCAUUUUAAAUAAACUGCAACAAGAUGUAGAGCUUUACUACCAAAAGUUACUAUUGCAGCUGGAAGCCAGAGAUAUCAGGAAACGACCAAACAAUUUAACACACAUUGCAAACGCCAAGAACACCACAAUCAUCCAGAUUACAACAGUGCAGCACGAAAUUGAUCAACUAAAGAGAAAGCUGGAUAAUACAAAAAUGAAACUCAUAAUAGAAAUUAAGAUGAGAAAGCAGGCAGCCUCUGAUUUACGAGCAUUGAGAGCAGAGCUGGCACAGAAGAAAAUUCAGUCAUCUUUAAUACUCCAGUCUGAAACACCAGUAUUUUAGAAGGAUCGCAUUACUUGGGAUUGUGUAAUAUAUUUGUAUAGUAGCUCAACAUGUCAGUAUUUGUUUUUAUAUUCCUAUGCUUUUAUUGUAAGAGACUUUUCAAGAUGUAAGAUAGGAUAAUUGUGUAUGUUAAAAUAGAGGUACAUAAUUUAUUUAAAAUGCCUUAAAAUAGCUCAAGCUAAUAACUGUAACUCAGUUGUAAUUCACUUAUAAAACAUGCAGUUUAAUGUA